AUGCUAAUUUCUCGUCGUGCACAAGUUGCUGUUUUAACGAUGACUAACUGUCCAUACAAUAUUAUGUCAUACAACACACCAAUUGAAGUUAGUAGAUUUUUUACAAGACUAAAAGUUUUAAACUUUCCAACAAAUUAUAGUACAUUGCAAGCCAAAACCCUUCCAACAACUCUACCACUUAUUUUCAGAAAUAUUGACUCACGAUUUUUUCAACAAUUUUUAUUCAGUCGAUUUGGUCAACAUAUUUUAAGAGUUAGUUUACAGAAAACCUUUAUUACUAAAUUACCAAAAUAUAUUCAUGUAUUAGUCAACAUUAAAACACUUGUACUAUUGGAAUCUUAUCAUCCUGAAGUGAUUUUAAUUAUGGAAAAAACAACAGCCCAAAAAUGUAUUUUAUAUUGUGGAAUAGCUGAACUUAAAUCUAUUGUUUCUCGAUUUAAUUUUAAAAAGAAUUCUAUUUCAAAAUUCAUAUUUAUUGUAGAGAAAUGUGUUUAUACAGAAGAACUUACUAAUAUAUGUAAAGAUAUACCUCCUAAACAUCAAGUAUAUGUUAAUUUUUUAUCUUAUUCAACAAAGCAAUUUUCAUUUAUUCCAAGAUUAAGACAACCAUUUAUAACUUCUAUUCUUACUGAUUUUAUUGAUAAAGAUGAAAUGCUUAUUAAAAAAACAAUUAAUAAAGCACAAAUUCAAUCAAUAAAAAUUAUUGAUACAAUUAAAGAAAUAGAUUAUUGUAGUCAAAAACCAUUUAAUAUUAAUUUUGAUUCAAUUAUAUCUGUUUAUAUCGCUUGUAAACAAUCAUCACCAUUUAUUAUUGGAAAGAGUGUAAAAGACUUAAUGGUUGAAGAAUUUCAUGGACCUUUAUUAUGUGAUGAAGCACAAUUACAAGAUAUCAACAUAAAAAAAUAUUUUAAUGGUUUACUAUUUAUUGAUGACACUAAAUUAAAACAUAUUUCAAUUUCCGAAUUACUUUUUGUAACUUGGAAACAUUGUAAUGAAUUGAUGAAAAAUAUAAUAUUUAUCUCAAAUUUAUUACUUAAUUCAAAUCAAAUGAAUGACAUUGGUACACCAUCAAAGAAUAUUAAAGUAAUAUUUGAAUGUGAUAAUUCUCUUAUUCUUCCAUGUUUUGAUCAUAUUUUCUUUGGAAAUAAAACAUUAUCCAUUUCAUUUACUCAUUUUAAUGCUUUGUAUUUUAAUACAUUUCCAAUUGAUUCAUUAACUGCAUCAUAUUGGAUUGGAGAAUAUGUUGAUUUUUCUUGUAUGAAAAGAGUAUCAUUAAAAAGUUGUACAAUAAAACAAUUACUCUUUCAAAAGAAUAUUUUUGAAUCAAUUGAAUUAACACAAUGUAGUAUUGAAACUAUUAUUAUAAACUCUGCUAAUUUAAUUAAUUUAGAAAAAUCAAUAUUUCAAAAUAUUAUUAUUGAAUUUGUAUCACAUUGUACAAUGACAGAAGUUAAAAGUGUAUUAUGUCAAUUAAAAGAAUGUUCAUCCUUUAUUAAGAAAGAUUGUUUAUUUAAAAAAAUAGAAUGUAAUUUGAAUUAUUCUAAUUAA